AUGAAGAAAUCAAGAGUUAUUGAAUGGAAUAGGCGGUAUAAGGAGCGGUGGGAAGAUGUUCACAAUGACGCAAGAAGUGGGCAGCCAAAAAUGCAAAGGAUAGAUGCAAUUGUUGACAGCGUGAGAACCCUUAUAUGUUCAGAUCAAAGAUUGAGUGUGCAAAUGAUGGCAGAAGAAUUGAGCAUGAACUGGGAAACAGUAUGGCAGAUUCUUAAAGAGGAUUUUGGAAUGAGAAAGAUUUCCGCAAAGAUGGUACCUUGA